AUGACCAAGUUUCCAAGUGACAUCAGGUUGGAUUUCGUGUGGUAUAGUACCCUAGGCUAUGCUACAAAUGCAGCCAAUUCGUAUAGGUCUCUUCAAUUUGAGCGAAUCAAUGUUCUGUAUAAUAUUGGUGCUGUGUACUCCCGUCUGGGAUGUAAGGUGCCCAAGACAUCGCACCAAGAUGGACUUAAACAUGCUUACCAGUACUUUCAAUUUGCUGCGGGUGCUUUUAAAUAUCUCAUAAACGAUGUCCUUCCUCAAUUUGAAAAUGCUCCACCACUAGCCCUUGACAAUAACACUCUUGAAUCGCUACUGUAUUUGAACUUGGCACAAGCACAAGAAUGCUUUUGGCUGAAAGCUGUCAACGACGGGCUCAAGAAUAUAAUUAUAGCUAAACUAGCAAGUGAGGUCUCUGAACUGUAUGCUGCAUCCCUAUCUUAUUCGAAUCGCAGUUCUAUAUUACGAACUGAAUGGGUAGAACAUAUUGCAUUUAAAAAGGAUCAUUUCAAUGCCGCAGCACAGUAUCGUGCCUCAAUGGACUGUUUAGAUCGAGGAAAAUAUGGAGAAGAAGUAGCCAGGUUGAGGGUCGCUGUAAAUAGCAGCGCAUCUGCACUGAAAAGAAAGAGAUACAUUUCCCCUAGUGUGUUGGCGGAUUUACAAGGACUCCACACAAAGGCCAAGUCAGACCUUGUGAGAGCUGAAAAGGAUAAUGAUCUCAUAUAUUUACAGGACGUGGUAAAUGAUAGGGACUUGCCUUCUAUUGGACGUUCGUCUGUGUCAAAACCCAUUUUACCACCUGGACUAGCAGACUUGCCCGACCCUGUCCCUUUUGCAUCGCUAUUGCCACAUAUUUUAUACCAAACAGCUAGGGCAUUCCAAGAAAAAAUCGAAGCUUAUGUUCAACGACACAUUGUUACAGAAGUGGAGUCACUCAAUAGUAAAUUGCAUGCUGAAUUCCAGAGACUAAAUCUCCCCGGGGCAUUGGAUGCUGUAGAAAAGCCCCUUGGUGUGCCACAGACACUUAUUAGCUAUGCUGAAGAAAUUAGAUCCAAUGGAGGUUUACCUAGAUUGGAGGAAGCAUUCCAGGAUAUAGCGAGGAUAUCUGGAGAAUGUCAAAGACUGAUUAAAGAAGCUACUGAUACACUGACGGUAGAGGAAUCAGAAGACAAUACUCUGAGAGCUGAAUUUGGUACUAAACGCUGGUCACGACCAACAUCUAAAGAAGCGGCACCUCACAUUUGGAAGCAGCUUGAUGCAUUCAAGGAAAACCUCGACAUUGCCGCCAAGAUCGAUGAAGAAUCUACGUCGAAGCUGACCGCCGUUGGAUCUUUACUGACUGUUCUUUCUCGUGGCCAACCGGCUCUAGAGCAAUUCUUACCACAUGCGACAGUUGUAAAGCUCAGUCCAAUACUUGAACAGGCCAUGGGGGAUUUACGUGCUGCCAUUUCCAAAUGCCGUGGAACUGAACUCGAUCGCUCACAGUAUCUCAAAGUGCUUCAAGCGGAAGUAAACAAAGUUGAUCUUCGUAAGUUAUAUCAGAAAACACUGAUAAUUUGA